AUGGGCACCAAUAACCAGUCCGGAGCUGCUUCCAGCGGCAACAAGCCGCCUCUGCAGAAGCGUUCGGUUGUCUCCUCGUUUCUCUACAAAUUUAGCCAAGAGAAUGGUGAACCAAGGGCUAAAGUUGCCUUGUUCAAGCGCAGUGGUCAAGUGCGCACCUACCCUCAUCGCUGGGCGGUUGUGUCUGGGAGCAUUGACCCCGAGGAUCCUUCACCCUUGGCAGCAGCCUGGAGAGAGAUCCGUGAAGAGACGACCUUGACAUCAUCUUCCCUAGAGCUCAUGCGGCAGGGCAAAAGCUAUGUGCUGCCAGACGAAUCGAUAGGGCGGGAGUGGACCAUCCACCCCUUUGCCUUCCGCCUCAAAGACCCCAGCGAGGGCGGCAGAGGAGAGAACGGCAUCACUCUGGACUGGGAGCACGAAGACUGGGCCUGGUAUGACCCAAUGGACAUCGAGGACUCGGAGAGUUUUGGCGCCGUGCCGCGCCUGGCUGAAAGUCUGCGCCGUGUGUGGUUCGAGAAGGACCUUGGCGUCGAUGCUGGAGCCGUGCUCACCAACGGUCUCGAAAGGCUGAAAAAUGAUCACCAGAGUGGCGCCCGCCAGCUGGCCGGCGCGGCUCUGGAGAUUCUGCGGGACAUAAUACUGAAAAUGGAUGCUCAGCAGUCAACUGACGAAUGGUGGACCAAGGUCCGCUUUGCUGCAUGGCACAUCUGGAAGAACGGCAGAGAGUCCAUGGGGGCUGCCAUCUUGAGCGCCCUGCUCGCUGCCUUGAAGGGCAUGGAAGAGACGUUCCAGAGGGCCAAACAGGACGGCACAUGGAGCGGCAGUAGCUCCAUCGAGUGGAGGGCCGCCUCUAUAGAAGAGCUUAACCGCCGCAUCGCUGCUAGAGAGGAUGCAGCCAGUAAAGUCUCAGUUGCGCUCGUCAACUUCUUACGCGAGCAAUUCGCUACCCAAGAAGCAUCUGGUCGGCCAGUAAAGAUGUUGACCUUGUCGGAGAGCUCCACAAUCUCACAUGCUCUCGAGCGUGUCAUUGCUGACACCGGCCUCCAACUCGAUCUGCGCAUCUUGGAGUCUCGACCGCUAUUCGAGGGGGUCUCUCUGGCCAGCUCCUUGAUACGGGCCGCUGGGGCCUGGUCAUCACAAGCAUCUGCAAGUCAUGACGCUGAGGCGCAGAAGGACUCUCGUGUGCCACCGAUUUCGAAACUGCAGGUGACACUCUACACAGAUGCCUCUGCAGCCCUUGCAUCCGAAGGCGUCGACAUAGUGCUCCUCGGAGCCGACAGAAUUGCCGAGUCUGGGGCUGUCAGCAACAAGACGGGCUCGUUGCCAGCUGUUCUAAGCGCCAGACAUACUUCAUCAAAAGCAAAGAUAGUGGUCCUGGGCGAGACCGAAAAAGUAGCGCCCUCAGGGGCUGCAUGUGCGCAUGUCGUGGAAGACAACGCCCCCACUCAGCUGUACCGUGCCUGGCUGGCAGGCCACAACAGCGAGAGAAUUCAGAGUGCUGCUGCGGGUACGGUAUCCAAUAGCCUUGGCAGCGAAAAUGCUGUCGCAACGCAGCCUGGGCCGGGUGAGCCUGCAGCCCAUGUAGGCAUUCGCAACAUUGUUUUUGAAUGGGUUCCUCCGGAGCUCAUUCACGUCUACAUAACAGAGCAGGGCGUUUGGGAAAUCGGGGACAUACACGCUUUGUCUGAGACAUUGGCCACCGAGGAGGAGAGGCUCUUCAGGCACAUUUGA